AUGGGCGCCGUGGUUGGCGCUUUGAAGGAAGAGGCGAUCGCCUAUGGGUAUCUCUUGCAGAUGGUGAAGCAGCUUCUCUUCGACCGCAGCGUCCGCUCGAAGACCACGCUGCUGAGCUUCGUCACGGGCUUCUUUUCCAUCGCCUUCGACGAGUUGAUCCACUCCUCCCAGUGCAAGACCUGCGAGGAGGUGGUGCAGGGCGUCUGCGGCGACAACUUCCAGGGGUUGCAGGGCAAGGUGGCGCUCAUCACCGGCGCCAGCAACGGCCUGGGCCUGGAGAACGCGAGGUGUCUCAUGAAGUACGGCUGCCACGUGAUUUGGGCGGUGCGGAGCCCUGAGAAGGCCGCCUCAGUGCUGAGUCAGCUGGAGAAGAAGGAGGGCAAGCUGUCGGGCAAGGCGACCAUCCUGAAGAUCGAGCUGUCGGACCUCACCACCGUGAAGCCCUUCGUGGAGUCCUUCUUGGCCUUGAAGCUGCCGUUGCACUACCUCAUCUGCAACGCAGGCAUCAUGUCGCCCACCGAGUGGCUGCCGUCCAAGCAGAACUUCGAGCUCCAGUUCGCCACCAACAACCUGAGCCACUUUCUGCUCACCGAGCUGCUGAUGCCGAAGCUCAAGGAGACGGCGGCCACGUCGGAGGUGCGGGUGGUGAUCCUGUCGUCUUUGGCUGGUGCCGCGUGUUACAAUUUCGACGUGUCGAAGAUUCCUUGCCCCAAGGAGGAGUACAACGAGUUCGCAGAGUACGCGGUGUCCAAGGCGUUGGACGGACUGCACGCGCGGCACCUGCAGAAGGUCCACCCCAACAUCAUUGGGUGCGCGGUGCACCCGGGCAUCAUCGGCACGGGCUUGGGCGGAGGAAACCGGGGCCUCACGUCCCUGCUCUACAGCGGCAUGUCCAUGGCGCCUUUCCGAAAGCCGGUGGUGAAGGGGGCCGCCACCACCGCCUACUGCGCCCUGAGCCCGGAGGUCACCGCGCACGCCAAGAAGGGGCACUUCUUCUACUUCAACUGCGGCCCCCAGCGGCCGCGGAACAUCUUGGGGGGCCCAGAGGAGCUGGUGGAGACGAGCCAUCAGCGUCAGCUGGAGUUAGUGAGGACCGGCAAUGUCUGCCUGGUGGAUUUGCGUCACCAAGGCUUCCCGCAGUACCCGCUGGGCUUCUAUUUCCUGGAGGGCAGCGAGAGCGUGCCGUACCAGCAGGCCGCCGCCUUCCGAGCGAUCGCCAUGCUGCCGCAGGACCACGCGCUCAUGAGCUUCUACGAGCUUUACUCCGCGGGCAUCCCCCUGCUGCUGCCCAAGGCAGAGUGGAUGUACCGCUUGCUCUACAUGAGGGGCCAGCUGUCGGUGGGGGAGCGCUGGUACCAGUCGAUCAUGCCGGGCCAUGAGCCUCCCUUCUGCGAGUUCGAGGAGGCGGAGGCGGCCUCCGGGGCGCCGAGCGCGGCCUGGGGCUUGAGCGCCGCGAAGGCGGCGCGAGUGGCCGCAGUGCAGACCCUGCGGAGGAUCGUCACCGCUCCAGACCUGGACACGGCCAAGCACAUGGCCGAGGCCACGCUAGGCGUCGCCGGGGCGAACGCCCGCGAUGGCCGCUGGGUGGUCACUUCCCCAGCGACCACAUCCCCCGGCAUCUUGGCGUCCCCUGGUUCCAUCGCCUCGAUGUGCUCCCCGGCGGCGAAGUACGAGCGCCUGGAGUCGAACAUCGGGGAGGGGACCUACGGCAAGGUGCACAAGGCCUUCCACGUGAAGACGGGGCAGGUGGUGGCCAUCAAGCGGGCCAAGGUGUCCGCGGCAGACCGGGACGUUGGAGGAAUUGGCUUCACCGCCUUGAGGGAGAUCAAGGUGAUGCAGGCCAUCCGCCAUCCCAACGUGAUGAGCUGCCUGGACGUCUUUGUGGAGGGCGAGGCGCUGCACCUGGUCAUGGAGUUCAUGGACGGGGACCUGAAGAAGGUCAUCGAGCAGAAGGCGUUGCGCCUCUCGGAGGCGCACGUAAAGAACCUUUCGCAGCAGCUGCUGCAAGGCCUAGCCGCGCUGCACGAGCGCUUCUUCGUGCACCGCGACGUGACGCCCAACAACGUGCUGCUGAGCUUCCGGACGGGGGUGGCCAAGCUCGCCGACUUCGGCUUCACCAGAAGCAUCGGCCACGAGGGCGACCGGCCCCUGACAGGCAUGUGCACCACCCUGUGGUAUCGCGCCCCGGAGCUUCUCUUCGGGGCAAAGCACUACGGCCAGGCGGUGGAUCUGUGGAGCGCGGGCUGCGUGGUGGCGGAGCUGCUGCGGAGGGAUCCCCUCUUCCCCGGCCGCGGGGAGUUUGACAUGCUCCAAAAAGUCAUCGAGCUUAGAGGCACUCCGACUGAGGAGGUCUGGAAGGACGUCUCCGCGUUGCCCAACUUCCUGGAGUUCACGGCGCACGCGAAGCCGCCCAUGGCGCAGCUGGUGCCGAGCUCCAGCUCGGGCUGCGAGUUCCUGGAGGCGCUGCUGACGCUGGACCCGAAGCAGCGGCCAACUGCACCUGUAGCUUUGAGCCACGACUUCUUGAAGACAGCGUGGCCACUGCCUUGCUUAGCGCGGGAGCUGCCCUUCGUACGGGACGGGGGCGCGGCGAAUCCGUGA